AUGGUGAUGCUACGCAGUAGCAACGCGGGCGCAGACCCAGCUGCAGCGAAGAGGAAUGUCGAUAUGGAUUCUAGCUCCGAGUUUCUGUCCCUGCAUCGUCCACAGCGAAAGUCGGCACGGUUGAACAGGGGCCUUGAUGACAGCUUCGGUAGCGUUAACAGCACUCCAGCUAAUGGUCAUCUGUCAGCGAAGGAAGAGGACAAUAUGGCAAAUGAGUGCCGGAGGACCAGAUCACAGAGGGACAAACCAAUGGUCACAUUUGUAGAGCUAAAUGGGAAGAUGUCCAGAUCUCCUCAAAAGGAGGAGGAGGCAGGCCAUUAUUUGAGAAAAUCUCCAAGAUUGCAAGCAGAUGGGAGAACGUCUAAGGAAGAACAAACCAAUGAUGUGAACAGGACACCCACUUCCCGGAAAUCUCAGGCAAGUUCCCGAAGCAGUGGAGAGGAGGACAGCGCAGUGCGACGCAGUUCCAGAAUCACCAGAUACAAGCUUGAUGCCAGGAACCAGUCUGUGCUCUAUGACAGACUUAUCACCAACACUGCAGAAGCAGUUCUACAGAAGAUGGAUGACAUGCAGAAAAUGCGGCGAAGGCUUAGAAGCAGAGACACUAAAGAAGAGACUCGGCGAAUGUAUUCUGGAGCUAAGAGGAAGAGAACCACCAGGUCCUCAGACAGAGCAGAUGAAGAGAGUGCUGACAACCAAGAGAAUGAAAAUGAUUACAGUGAAGACGAUGAGGAUGAAGCAGAGGGUGAGGGAGAGGAGGAAGAUAAUGAUGAAGUAGAUGACGAGGAUGAGGAUGAUGAUGACGACGACGAAGAAGAAGACAAUCAGAAACGCUAUGACUUCAGAAAAAGAAAGACUGUUGUGCGCUACCAGGCACCACUGACAGAGCCAAGGAAACAGCCCAUGUUUUUCAAUAGGCAUUCCACACCAUCCAGACGGAGGUAUUCCUUCAGCUCCACUGGCCCCCGCAGUCCAUAUAACCGCAGAAGGAGCAGCAGGUCAGCAUCCUCCUCAACUGAUGGGCGAAGACAUGCAAUCCACAGCAGUGAUUCCACUUCAUCUUCCUCAUCUGAUGAUGAAAAAUUUGAAAGGAGAAGAAGUAAGAACCGUAACAGGCCAAUAAACAGAUGUCUUCCUAUGAAUUUCCGUAAAGAAGAUUUGUUGGGCGUCCAUAAGGACAGGAUGAAAAUCGGAGCGAGUCUUGCUGAUGUUGAUCCUAUGCAGAUAGACCAGACGGUGCGUUUCGACAGCAUCGGAGGUCUGAGUAGACACAUCUCUGCCCUGAAGGAGAUGGUGGUGUUUCCUUUGCUCUACCCUGAGGUGUUUGAGAGAUUUAAGAUUCAGCCCCCCAGGGGGUGUCUAUUUUAUGGACCACCUGGUACAGGGAAGACACUGGUUGCAAGGGCAUUGGCCAAUGAGUGCAGCCAAGGGGACAAGAAAGUGGCUUUCUUCAUGAGGAAGGGAGCUGACUGUCUCAGUAAAUGGGUUGGAGAGUCUGAGAGGCAGUUGAGGCUGCUGUUUGACCAGGCAUAUCAGAUGCGACCAUCUAUCAUUUUCUUUGACGAGAUUGAUGGCUUGGCCCCAGUUCGAUCAAGCAGACAGGACCAAAUACACAGCUCUAUUGUGUCCACAUUGUUGGCUUUGAUGGACGGCUUGGACAGUCGUGGUGAGGUGGUAGUCAUUGGAGCCACAAAUCGGCUGGAUUCAAUAGACCCUGCACUGAGACGCCCCGGACGCUUCGACAGAGAGUUCCUCUUUGGCCUGCCAGACAGAGAAGCUCGUAAAGACAUUCUGAAGAUACACACUAAAAUGUGGGACCCACAGCCGUCUGAUGCUUUCUUAGAGGAAUUAGCUGAUAAAUGUGUUGGUUACUGUGGUGCCGACAUUAAAGCGGUGUGUGCAGAAGCAGCACUGUGUGCUCUUCGAAGACGCUAUCCUCAGAUCUAUGCUUCCUCACAGAAGCUUCUACUGGAUGUGUCCUCCAUCAGCGUGACUGGCCGGGACUUUCUCUCUGCCAUGAGGAAGACUGUGCCCGCCUCUCAGAGGGCGGUGGCCUCUCCAGCCAAGGCCCUCACCCCUGUCAUUCAACCUUUACUGGGCGCCACCCUGAACAGUGCCUUGGACAUUCUUCAGAAGCUCUUCCCCCACGCUGAGCAGGGCCUCAAGAAGAGAAGGAACAAUGAUGGUCCACCUGGAAUUUUGGAUGAUGAUCUGUUACACAGUGAUGAUGAAGGUCCCUCUGUGUGUAGCACUAACCCCACCCAAAAGCAAGCAGACAUGUCUGGGACGUUCCCUCACCUCAUGAGGAGUGUGCUCCAACAGCCUACCUCCUUCAGGCCCAGGCUGCUGCUCUCUGGGGGCCGAGGAUCAGGACAGAGCACACACCUGGCCCCUGCCAUGCUUCACGCCCUGGAGAAGUUUACUGUUUACACGUUGGAUAUGGCUGUACUGUUUGGAGUCAGCACCACCAACCCAGAAGAAGCUUGUGCACAGCUCUUCUGUGAGGCAAAGAGGACGGCUCCCAGCAUCCUGUACAUCCCCCAUAUCCAGCGCUGGUGGGAGACCGUGGGUCCGGCUCUCAGAGCCACCUUCCUCAGUCUGCUUCAGGAUAUCCCCUCUUUCUCGCCUAUCCUCCUCCUCGCCACAUGCAGUCUCCCUUACCGCCGCCUCUUCCCUGAGGUACAGGGACUGUUCAGCGUAGAGCAUGGAGAGGUCUUCAACGUCCCACUUCCCUCUGAACAGGAGAGAAAGACGUUUUUUGAGGAUCUCAUUCUGAAUCAAGCUGCUAAAGCACCAGCCUCUAAGAAAGCAGCAGUUCUGCAGGCGAUGGAGGUGCUGCCUUUGGCUCCACCACCGCAACCUCGUCAGCUCACGGAACAGGAGCAGCAGAAAGUUGAGGAGCAGGAGGAGGACACACUCAGGGAGCUCCGUCUGUUUCUGCGUGACGUUACCAACCGGCUGGCUCAGGACAAACGAUUCAAAGCCUUCACCAAGCCAGUGGACACAGAGGAGGUUCCUGACUACACAUCUGUCAUUAAGCAGCCCAUGGACCUGUCCACUGUCCUCAGUAAAAUCGACUUGCACAAAUAUGUGACUGUGAAGGACUUUCUCCAUGAUGUUGACUUGAUCUGGAAGAAUGCCCUAGAGUACAACCCAGACAGAGACCCCUCAGAUCGUCUGAUCAGACAUCGGGCCUGUGCGCUGAAAGACACGGUCCAUGCCAUCAUCCGAGAUGAGCUAGAUGAGGACUUCGAGAAGAUCUGUGUUGAAAUAAAGGAGUCUCGCCUCAAACGAGGUUGUUCUACAUCUAGAUUUACUCCAUCAUACUACCAUGUGCUACCAAAGGUGCCCGUGACUGUGGAGCCAAAGGGCGGGGAAGCUGCCCCUUUACAAGACCCUGCACCUCCUGUUACCACUGCAGCCACCACUCCGCGAAACACAGCCAUACAGAGGAAAAAGAGACGAAGAUGUCGGUGGAGCAAUGGCAUCAUCACGAAGAAGAAGUCUUCCUCAGGUUCCGCCUCGAAAGACAACUCCAAUGUAGCAGAGUCUGGAGAAGACGAGGAGGAGGAAGAUGAAGAAGAAGACGAGAGCAAAGUAGGAGAGAGCGAGGAGGUAGACGAGGAGCUGAAAGAAGCGCAGUCGGAAGGGACGGAAAUGGAGACGGAGCCGAACUGUACCGUCGCUCAAGAGAAUGAAGAAACUACUCCCUCUGAUGUGAUGGAUGUAGCCCAUAGUAGCCCUCCGCCCGAGGAGAGUGGAGACCAAGUCACUUCGGCUCAAUUGAUGAAUGGACACACCUCUGAUGAGAAUGGCGUUUCAAGCCUUCCGUCUUCUUCAGACAGUGGAUCAGUGAAUGGCCACGUUCCAGGUGAGGACAGAGACCAUGGUGAGGGACAACCAGUGACGGAGAGAAGUGUGCCUAAGAGAGCAGAGUCUGGUUUAGAGGAUGAGAUGGGAAUAGAAAAGGGGAUGAGGCGCAUAACCAGGGGCUUUAAGAUCCAGGCCCAGCAGCAACAGCUUAUUAACAUGGACGCUGCCAUGAAGAUCCUGGAGCGGAAGAGUCAACCUCUUGUUGUGGAUCACAACAGACUUAAGGAAUUGCUCCAGAGGGUUGUGGAGAAAACUGAGGGCUAUGAUGUUGAUAAGCUGGAGAAGCUCUACGCUUUGUUAUGCCAGAGUAUCUACAGACACAAGGGGAAUCAUGAUAAGACAGCACUUAUACAGGAGAUGUCAAAGGAGGUAGAAGAUUUUUCAUAA